UGUGAGGAGCUUUUGUCUCUUCAUGUUGAAAGCUUGCAGGGACUGGCAAUGUGACCCUCAGGUUUUACCCCCAUUUUUCUUUCUUACUCCUCGUUUAUUUUCUCAAAGGAUUCUAAAAAAAAAAAAAAGCAGCAGCAGUAUGUGUAAUAACCAAACACUGAUGUGUGAAUGUACUUUUUUCAGUCCCAGUGCUGUGUCAGUGAUUUAAUGUGCCGUAAACAGGCCUGCUCCAAUCGCGGACUGAUUAGGGUCAUUAGCUGAUUGGCUGAAUUUGAAUGGACCCGGUCGGCGCGCUUUGGGGCGCCUCAUUAUGCAGGCGCAUUAGAAGAAAGCAGUGGGGGUCAAAUGAGUAGUUAAGGCGCAGGGACAAAAAAAACAGAGAGAGGGGCAGGCACCGUGAGGAGGGUCGGGAUUCAAAUUCUAAGUAAGGAGCUGCGUCCAUUGUCAGUGGGGUAUAUAGCGCGGGGAGAGAAGUCACGGUGUUUAAAAAAAGCGCAGAGUUUAGGGUGUCAUCAUGGCUAAUUCGAGCUGCAUGUGGAUUGUUUCUGUUAUUUUCUUACUCACAAGCGACGCUGGAGCCUCAGGUCGCGCAGUGGACUCGUUCGGGUUUCUCUUACGGUCUCCUCGAGCCCGAGAUGGACCGUUUGGAGAGAUUUUACGCACGGCCGGAGUGAGGCGGUGGAGGCGCGGGGUGGCCGCCGAGGCGCACGGGGAGCGCUGCGCGGAGCCGGGAGCCGCCUGGCUGGAAAACGAGCGGCCAGCUCCCGAGCGCGGAAGCGCCGUGCUGCAGCUGCGCGUGCGGCCCUUUUCCCCAGGACCGUCGCGAGGUUUGGUUUUUCCCGGGAAGUCACUUUUCGGCUUCAUCCGGCGGGUUUACCGCUGCUGUCAGGAGGGAGUGGGCUGCAGGAGCGUCAAGGGGAUUCAAAGCAGACUGAGAGGAGGUGAGGAAACACGGUCAGCGACCUUAAAUCCUGCACUGAAUGCUCUGCUUCCUCCCCCUGCAGCUGCAGGUGUGGAGUUCGUCCUCACCAGGGAGAUCUUGGCGGCGACGGCCUCCAGAGCCGAGCUUCAUCUGCAGCUCUCCAACCCGCGGCGUCUCGACAUCAGCCCAGUCAUCCCCUUCAUGGCGAAGAGGAAUUUACCGACGAGGUACAGCGUAGUGUCACGUGGUGACGCAGUGGAGCUGAGAGUGGACCUCCUGUUCCUCUUCAGGCUCCUGCAGGAGGCGGCCGGCGACGGAGGCCGUGGCUUGGUAAACGCGCACCUGGGGAGACUGUUGUCCAGCGAGGACGGAGAGACGUCUUUAGGAAUUGUUCAGGACGCCGAUGGAGAAGCGUGGCAUGAUAGGAAGGAUGUCAUUUUGGCUCGGGACGUGGGCCUGGUUCUGGGCUGCAGCCGGGCCGGAUCGGGGGUCCCCUGUGAAAGUGGGGGUGUUCGGCUCUCAGACGCUCCCUUCAUGGCCGUGUAUUACACAUGAAGAGGGGACUUUUCAGUGUGGAAGCAUUUCAUCCAUCAGAAAAGCUCAGAACUUUAACAGUAUUACGCACUUCGAUGUCAAGUUUUGUAAUUUAUACCGGUUUCGCAAGCUAAAUAUUAUAUAUACAAGUAUUUUAUGUAAAUAUUUUGUUCUAAAAGUUUAUUUUGUCAUUCGCUGGUGAUAAAAGUUCUGUAAAAUUGCUGUGUGGUCUUCUUGGUUACCAGAUGUGGAUCAGUCCACAUUGUCCAGUUUGUUUAAAAUAUUAGCUUCUGAUUAAAGACUUGUGGGGAAAAUGUGGUGAGGACACCUGAACAAACGCAGCGUGGGAACAGGAGCUGCGACCUCGACAAACUCAGCUAAAUUUAUGUUGCUACUCUGCAGAAAAAAAAAACAAAGAUCCAAUAUUAACAUGUUCACUUGCAUCUCCAUAAGUUUGAAUAUUACUGGAAAACCAGAUUCAUUUCAGUGCUUCUGUUUGACAAAAAAGUGAGACUAUUACACUUUUGAUUACACACAUUGUUAGAAUUAUUUGUAAACCAUAAAAGUGGCUAAUUGAUAACGGCGUUGGAUGUUUAAGUUUAGUGGAAGGAAAAAGUGUGGUAGAAAACCUCAGGCUCACGGGGGAUUCUGAACAAAACCCUAUUCAAGGGUUUUUGAGACUCCAUACGCAGGCAGACAUGUUUUUCCAAGAAAUAAAAGCACAAAAUAA